CAAGUGUCACAACAAGGGUGACUCACAGAGUGAGGAGGGAGCCUGACACUUCCUUACACAUGUAGGUACUCAGAGCACCUCCACUUCCAGAGGAUCAGCCCGGCCAGAGGGACACAACUCUUCCUUCCCCAGCACAGACGACAGAUCGCAAUCAGCCCAGCAAGUCCACAGCAGCUUCCACUCCCAGGUCGUCUUUAAAAAGGACAACAUCUUAUUUUAUUGUUCAAGAAAGAAGUAAUCUUGUGGAUACAGGAAAACGAUGUUCUUAUGGAUGUUAGCCCUCCUAGUCCUUUGUGGUUUUCUAUGGAAGUAUGCUAGUAAAAGACAACCAACGAUUGCAGACAUCACUGAUAAGUACAUCUUCAUUACUGGCUGUGACUCGGGCUUUGGAAACUUGGCGGCCAGGACUUUUGAUAAAAAAGGAUUUCACGUGAUUGCUGCCUGUCUGACUGACGCGGGAUCAACAGCGUUAAAGGCGGAAACCUCCGAGAGGCUUCACACUGUGCUUCUGGAUGUGACUGACCCAGAGAAUGUCAAGAAGACUGCCCAGUGGGUGAAAGACCACGUUGGGGAAAAAGGUCUCUGGGGGCUGAUCAAUAAUGCUGGUGUUCUCGGCGUGCUGGCUCCAACCGACUGGCUGACGGUGAAGGACUACAGAGAACCUGUAGAAGUGAAUCUGUUCGGACUCAUCGACGUGACCUUAAAUAUGCUUCCCUUGGUCAAAAAAGCUCGAGGGAGGGUCAUCAAUGUCUCCAGCAUUGGGGGUCGUCUCGCAUUUGGUGGAGGAGGCUAUACACCAUCCAAAUACGCAGUAGAAGCCUUCAAUGACAGCUUAAGACGGGACAUGAAAGCUUUUGGUGUGCAUGUCUGUUGCAUCGAACCUGGAUUAUUCAAAACAGGAUUAUCAGAUCCAGUAAAGGCUGCUGAGAAGAAAUUUGCCAUUUGGAAGGACCUGUCUCCUGAUAUCAAACACCAAUACGGAGAAGGUUACAUUGAAAAAUGUAUGGACAAGCUGCGGGGCACUGUAUCCUUUGUGAACGUGGACCUCUCCCUGGUGGUGGAGUGCAUGGACCAUGCUCUCACAAGUCUCUUCCCUAAGUCCCGUUAUGCUGUUGGAAAAGAUGCCAAGGCUUUCUGGAUACCUCUGUCUCACAUGCCAGCAGUGUUGCAAGACUUUUUAUUGUUGAAACAGAAAGUAGAGCUGGCUAAUCCCAAGGCAGUGUGACUCAGCUAACCACAAACGUCUGCUGCGGGCUAUGAAUUUGGCUGAUAUCAAGGACAUACCUCCUUUUUAAUUUUAUUCCUUACCUAAUCCAACCUGGACUCAUUUAGAUGAUGCUUCUUUUGAUAAAUGAAGAGAUCCCACCAACCCUGGUGAUAUCCCAGAGUCCCUUCUCAAGCCUUCCUUGAAAAGAAGGGCAGGAAUGGUACCUGCCCAAUAUUUAGGCUUUGCCUGCUUGGUCUGAUGUAAGAAAAAUUUAAAGGUUUCCCCAUCCAAAAUGAUCUCUACCACUGCUAACCCAUACUCCCCACCCCCAUUCCUGAAUGUUUAAUAUAUGUCCCUUAUCAAAAUGUUCAGAGAUAAGUAGACUAUUUUCGUAAGUGGAUUAGAUGUGUUCUGUUAUCUUACUGAGAAUAAGACUCUGAAGGACUGGAACUCCAUUCUGUGAGCUUUGAUGGGGCAGGAGAAGAAGGGUUAUGAAGUGUUAUGUGACUGGUAUAAGCUAAAGGGCAGUAGACAAACACUAGGGAGGACUGGAAGUAGGAGGGAAGGGAAAGGAAUAGAGGACUGAAAACAGAAAUGGGUAUAAAAGUGGAGGCAGGGAAAUUCCAAGGCAAGCCUUCCUAUCCUAGAGGGGACUAGGGAGGAUGAACAGCCCAUUCAAGGCCACCGUGAGCACCGAUGCACACACAACUGUCUGGUAGAGAAGUGGUAACAACAGAGUAACCAACCAUUCCAAAAGAACAAAAAUGUAGGAAAUAUUUAUGUUUAUUCUGGUGAUUGCAAAUAGAACAAGACU